CGGGAUUAUUACCUAUUGGGUCAACAUCAAAGUGAAACAACAGCCAGAGAAAGGCUCUAUAUUUCGUGACACUCCUUUCCAUCUUACUGUACGUUGUAGUUUUGCACUGGCCAGGGUGACUCAACUGGGUAUUAUGGUUCAGAGAGAAAAAUCUGAGUACCCAUCAACACUGAAGAGCAAAGGAACACUAAGGACUGAAAUGAGGUUUGCCAAAGAUUCCUCUUACAGGUCUUUUUAUUCCUCUCAAGACCCACCAACAGUGACUGAGCUUGGCCAGCCUGUUUAUGUGGAGGUGUUUGUUCUCAAACAUGAGGACCAGGACUUGGUGCUUCUGCUGGAAGACUGCUGGGCCACACCGACUGAAAACCCACAUGAUCCACAACGAUGGAACCUGCUUGUUAAAGGGUGUCCUUUCACUGGUGAUAGCCACAGAACUAUUGUGUUGCCAGUUGUCUCUGGUGAGGAGCCGAUGCAUCCCUCUCUUCACAAACGGUUUGUGGUCAAGCUGUUCUCAUUUGUGAAGCCCCCAACAUUUGAAAACCAGGUGUAUUUCCACUGUGAUACAGAGAUCUGUAGAGGCAAAGACUGCUUUCAGUCCUGCAGCAAUGGAAGACGGAAAUUAAGAAGAAUCACAGCAGGACCAGGACAAAAGAUUCUUUACAGUGUAGCCUCUGGUGGACCUCUUCUUUAUCUACUUUAAACAAGCAGAGGAAAGGACAGCUAUUUCAUGUCAUAUUUGGAGGAACCAGGACUGAAAACAGUUCUGCCAAGAACUAUUUAAAUUACAUGAUUUGUAAUGAAAAGAAAUCUAUACUUUACUAUAAUGGUCUAAAGGUUUCCUUUACAUCAUUUUCAUUCAUUCAGCUCAAGUGUUGCCAGGAGGUCCACUUUUAGAUUCAAGGUUCCAGUCCCAAAACCUGACUGGGUGAGCAACAUUACCACUUGAUAUUAAAACUAGAUAAAUCCUCCAUUGCCCUACUCCAUCCAAAGUCCUGUUCUAAGAAGAAACUCUGAGUUACAUGUACUAACUAGGAAAAACCAAGAGCAGGGAUU